UGAAUGCUGGCAGCAGUUGUCUGUGCAGUAACUAUUUCGUGGGAAGUACAUUGUGUCAUACUCUUACUUUCAGCAACAUUUCUUUUUUUAAAUGUAAUGAACACUCCGCUUAGAUAAGAGGACGCGGUUAAUGUUACUGUCGUUGCCAAAGGUCUGUUUCGUGAGGCGUAGAGCUACAAGGACAUACUGUCCAGGGUUAUCUUGCUGGCUAGUUAGCUUGGCAAUAAACAUACACCUAAAUAUUAGCCAACAUGCAAAUACGUUUGGCAUAACAGUUCUUUAUGCUCCCUGUGUCAACAGGGUCCUGAGGUCAGCUUAACCUUUAUGGACACCCUCUAAGUCUGGUGUUAAUGUGUCCAACAUGACUCUACCAGCUUUGCAAAACACAGGAGUAUUCUUUCGGAGGAUACUCGCCCAGUUCCCUCAGGACAUCAGUCUAGCGUUUGCUUAUGGAUCUGGUGUGUUCAAACAACAGGGAACGUCUCAAGGUCAAAUGGGGAAAAACAUGCUUGACUUUGUGUUCGCUGUGGACGACCCCGUCACCUGGCACACCAUGAACCUGAUGCAGAAUCGAAAGCACUAUUCUUUCCUCAAGCACUUGGGCCCAAAACAGAUCACCACCAUCCAGAAUGACUAUGGAGCUGGAGUCUACUAUAACACGCUGGUGCCCGUUGAUGGCAGGCUUAUAAAGUACGGGGUCAUCAGCACUGCAACGUUGAUUGAGGAUCUCAUGCAUUGGAAGACUAUGUACAUUGCUGGGAGAUUACACAAACCGGUGCGCAUCCUGCUGCAGGGGGAUGAUGGGAAGCUGCGAGCGGCGUUGCUAGGCAACCUGAAGAGUGCUGUCACCGCCUCCUUCCUCAUGCUGCCUGAGAGCUUCUCAGAGGAGGACCUCUUCCUGCAGAUCGCUGGACUGUCCUACUGCGGUGAUUUUAGGAUGGUGAUUGGGGAGGACAAGUCCAAAGUGACCAACCUGGUGAAGGACAGUGUGCCAACCUUCAGGACCUUAUACAGCAACAUCCUGCAGGAGUGUCCACAGGUGGUCUACAAGCCCCAGCAGGGCAGGCUAGAGGUGGACAAGAGUCCGGAGGGCCAGUUUUUGCAGCUGAUGGCUCUGCCCCGCACCCUGCAGCAGCAGAUCACGCGGCUGGUGGACCCCCCGGGGAAGAACCGCGACGUGGAGGAGAUCCUGCUGCAGGUCGCACAGGACCCCGACUGUGGAGCCGUCGUGCAGCAAGGGAUUUCGUCUAUAGUAAAGAUCUCAAGCAUAACACAGAGUGCCAAGGGCAUAGGCACUGCUGGAGUAUUAAAGACCACAAACUACAGUGUCAAAAAACUUAGGAAAAUGUGGAAAGGUUGGAGGAGGAAGCCAUCUUGAUUUUUUUCCCUCUCAUGCCAUUUCCUUUUGUCUCCUCCUUGGACACUGUGCUCAGUGAUCUUGUAAUGACAUUGAAUCCAAGCUGUCCUAAACCGGCGCCUCACAUGCCUCCCAAGUUUAGAAACGUACCCCUUUCAUGAUAAUUUGACCUCAGGCCGGCCUGCACAGUGUAGAUGUAGGCACGGAUAAAGAUACUAGACAUUGAUCUGAAAUGAUAAAAGGCUAACUCCACUUGUUCCCUCAGUAGCUAGUAUGGCAUGUUGGUGGCGACCCUGAGUGCACUAUGUAUGCUCCCCUGAAGGUACAUUCACGUCCGUUAGUGGCUGUCAUUAGAAUGCCAAUGAUGCAACAAAGACGAUGAGGAUUUGAUGUUCUCUUUCAUUAUUGGCACAAGGAACCAAUCACCCAGUAAAGGAACGACAAGCAAAGCAGAAGUGUCAGCUUAACACCCAACAGAGGUUUCCUUUUUUUUUUGGCAGACUGGUUCUAUGGAUUAGCCUCCGUGUAUAAUUGGUAUGAAUAAUAUUAUGUACAUGUAUUAACAAUACAUGUACAUGUAAUUGACAUGUAAUAAAUUGUAUCCAGUGACAAACUUGCAUGAGCUGUCAUGAGUUAUAUGUCGGAUCACCUCAAAUUAAGUUCGGUAUAGUGGGGGCCUGAGUGUCUCUUAUCCAUCAUCAGUUCUUUAGUCUAAGCCAUCAUAGGUAUACUGAAGCCAAUCAUAAGUAUGUGAUUGAUUUGUUACAUGAGAUUCAUGGUUUAUGAAAGCUUUGUCAAAACAUUUGAAUGUUCCAGGUCAGAGCUCUGAAUUUUCUUCUAAUAAAAGGCGAAAGAGUUGUCAUCCA